AUGGCCUCUCGCUUUCCCUGGUCUGAGAAGCGUAAUGCUGGGAAAAUCUUGAGCUCAGCAAUCCCGCGCUGCAUGAUGCAUAUUCCCAUUGAUACGAGCAAACAGGAGACAAGUGUCCCCAGUAAUCAUUCGCUAGUCUGGGUUUGCAUGUCCCACCCGCAGGAAAGGAUAGCGAGUCAUCUUGAGUCCCUGCUGCUCGGAGAUUGGGUGAUUUGUCCCAGGAUUUCAGUGGAAUGGAUGAUGGAGCCGAGCGAAACGGAAGACUAUCGGAGAGGCCGAUGGAGGCCGCCGUCUCACUUCCAUACACUAGAGGACAGGAGAAUAGUGACGGCUGGGCUACUGCAUGCUGAGAUUGUCCGUCAAUCACCAUGGUGGACUAUCAGACUGAUCACUCCAACGGCUUUUUCGAUCCCUGUCACUGGAGUGGCUCCCUUCUCUUACCAAGCCAAGUCAGAUCUGCUACCUAACUCUAUUCCACUGGGUGAGAUCUCGGCUUACUUGUGGUCUUUCACAUUAUUGACCGGUGCAAAUUGGACUAUCACGUAUCCAUCCUACAUUACUGCUACUGUCUUUGUAGCGGUGUAUGGACGGCGGUGGGGACCCCAAAAUGGUGGUGAUGAUACUUCAUGUCAGGAUCGCGGUGUGCUUUGCAAUGAGCUCCCAAGUGACGCGAGACAAAAGGGAUCCCAAACGGGGCUGCGGCGCGCAUGCCCCGUAGCUCGGGUGGGCAUGGUUUACGCAUUCUUGGCUCUGAUAGGGGAAGACUCGUCUGCGCCAGGUAAGAACGAGGAAGAGAACGACAUGCCAAGUCCUGCGAGCUUCCUAGACUAG